CUCUGUCUACACAUGAGACCCCGAGUUUCCUGCUACAGCAGAGCAUAGAAGGUUCUUUCCAGGACUGGUCAUGGCACAGAUACAAAGAUAGUGCUGUUGAGAUAUUACACUUAUGUACAGACUGGGACAAUGAUGGGGAGAGUGAAGGGCCUCAAAGAAAUCCUGGACGAUACACCCAAACCAAGGCAAUUGCCCUUAAUGAGAAUCUCACUGCCCCAAAUGGUGAAGGAUAUAAACUGCUGCAGAAAACCUCCCUUUUUAAGUCAACUGUUUCUGCAGAGCAGUGGGUCUCUGUCUGCAAAAGUUCCAAUCAAAUAUUCAACCAUAACGAUUUGUGGACAGACCAUUUGGAACAUCUGGAAAGUAACGUAGUCCAUUCUGAAAAUAAUGAUUUGAGCCAUUUGGAAGAUAGGAUUGGCCUGCCCUUAAAUCAGAGAUUUAGAAAUGAAGAACAAAGUCCUCAGUGGGAUCCAUAUGAGAGGGACAUCACUGAAGAGUUGACCCAACAGUAUGACCAGAGGGUUUCCACUGGAGACAGAAUUGCUCAAUGCACUGAAUCUGAAAAAACAUUGAACCAGGGCUCUAGGGCUCACAGAUGUGUCAGGGCUAGGUUUGCAGAGAACCAUUAUGAAUGUGAUAAAUCUGGGGAAGGCUUUCAUCCAAGCUCUAACCUCACUAUACAUAAUGGUAACCAUUUGGGAGAUAGUCCUCAUAAAUAUAAUGAAUGUGGGAAAGCUUGUAACCAGUCCUCCAGUGUUGGUGAUCAUCAGAGAAUUCAUGAGGGAAAAAGCCCAUUCACAUCUAAUAAACCAGAGACCAUGUUUAGUCAGUCAUCAAGCCUAAACAUCAAUGAGAUAAUCCCUUGGGGAAAGGAAACUUACAUUUUUAAGGAAUGUGGUAAAUCCUUCGACUGCCCCUCAACACUAUCUCAACAUCAGCGAAUGCAUACUGGAGAAAAAGUAUACAAAUGUGAAGAAGGCAAUCAAAGCUUUAAGGACUGUUCAUCAAUAAAUGGACAUUCGGAGAUAUAUGCUGGAGAGAAACCCUGCAAAUGGAAAAAUUACAACUGUAAUGAAUGUGCCAGAGCCUUUACAUCAUGCUCAAAACUUAUUCAACAUCAGAGAAUUCAUACUGGAGAGAAACCUUACCAAUGUCAAAAAUGUGGCAAGGCCUUUAAACGCCUUUCACACCUUUCUCAACAUCAUAGAAUUCAUACUGGAAAGAAACCUUACCAAUGUCAGGAAUGUGGCAAGGCCUUUAACUGGAGGUCAGGUCUUGCUGAGCAUAAAAGAAUUCAUUGUGGAGAAAAUCCGUACCAAUGUGAAGAAUGUGGCAAGCCCUUUAAGGACAGUACAACUCUUAUUGAACAUUACAGAACUCAUACUGGACAGAAACCUUACCGAUGUCAAAAAUGUGGCAAAAGCUUUAAUUGGAAGUCAUCCCUUAUUCAACAUUACAGAUCUCAUACUGGAGAAAAACCUUACCAAUGUCAAAAAUGUGGCAAGUCCUUUAACCGGAGGUCAUCCCUUAUUAAACAUCACAGAAUUCAUACUGGAGAGAAACCUUACCAAUGUCAAAAAUGUGGCAAGGCCUUUUGUUACAGGUCAUCCCUUACUCAGCAUUAUAGAACUCAUACUGGAGAGAAACCUUACCAAUGUCAAGAAUGUGGUAAGGCCUAUGCCAUCCCUUCACAACUUACUAAACAUCACAGAAUUCAUAGUGUAGAGAAA